AGUUUCUUUGUUUUGUUUAAGGUAACCUGUAAGUCUUUAUUCAAACAAGUGGUUUUUAAUUAAGUGGACAUUUUAUAAUGAAAACUUGGGCUUCUUUACUCGGCUGUGAUUUCGUCGAUUCAGCUUUGAAUUCAAUUGAUGAAUUUUGGAAACAACAUGUUGCUACGCUUAAAAAUUCAAUUGAAAGUGAAUGGAUUUUGAAAAAACGUAAACAAAGUUUCUCACCACCUCAAAAAUCAAAGGUGAUCAAAUCUACCCCAAAAUUAACCGCUUCUGCCGCUAAGAGAAGAUUAGAGGAAGAAGAGAAGAGAAAAGCUAAUUUAGCCCAAAUGAAAGAGAAAGAGGAGAAAGUUAUUCAAAACAAGCAAGAAAAUCUCAAGAUUAAAGCCCAGAUGACCAAAUUGAGAAACGAAGAGAAAAGAAAAAGGAUUGAACAAAUUAAGAAAAAGGAGGAAGAAGAGUUGAGAGAAAAACGUGCAAAGGAACAAUCUAAACUGGAAGAGAUUGAAAAGCGGAUUAAAGAAAAAGAAGAGACUCGGAAACGUGACCUUCAAAAAACUCAUGAAGCAGCUAAAAAGAAGCAACAAGUGUUCGAUCUAAGAAAACAACAAGAAGAAGAAGAGCGAAAGGCUCGUCUUGUAAAGCAAGAGGAGCAAAUUAAACAGAAAAAGGAAGAAAGUGAACGUAUUCGAAUACAGCAAGAUAAAAUUCUCAAGAUGAUCGCUCAACAUAAUAAUAACCUUCAAAAAGGCCAUUUAGUAAAACAACCUGUGCCACUAACACCUUGUGGAAACCAAUGUGUAACACAAUUGCCCUUAAAUGGAACGUUUUCUUUAAAAAAAGAAGCCGUGGAAAAACGGAAACCAAUGGAACUUGAAAGUUACCAAAUUUCACCUCCUAAACCGAAGCCUAAAUCAAUUCCAGUUAAUUAUGAUAUAAGUGAUAUAAAGUCUGAUGAUGAUACUGAUGACGAGGAACGACCAAGAAAAUUGAUACCCUCUUGGGCUAAAGGUGAUGCGUUAAUAGUGGCCUUAGAUGCACAAUUUGCAAAACCACGUCGAGCUCGGGAAAGACAAAUACACGAGAUUUUCCCCUGUUAUGAUUACACAAUUGACUUGGUCGAGAUAUUCAAAACUAAUCGUGUAGUUCAUCCCAAAUACGACAAGCGAACCAGUUCAGUUGUAUGGAGCUCACCACCUUGUAACUCAACAAUCAACCGCAGCAUAUUAACAGGCUGUUUGUAAUCCAUGUGUCCAUCAUGAAAAUUUAUUAAAUAAUACAAUCAAAACUAAAGAUAACGAAUCAAAAUACUAAAUUUUUCAACAAUAAAUCACUUGAUUCAAAAUUA